AAUCCCAAGAUUCCUGAAGAUUUUGUCAGUCAACUCCCACAUGGCAGUGAACCUCUCAAGUGAAGAUUAAACCACCCUCAGCUCCAAAGCAUUGCCCACUUAGAUGCCGCUCAGUCUUCACCUUUGCAAAUGGCUUGUUGUCUGAAGGACGAGCUCCUCUGUUCCAUCUGCCUCAGCAUCUACCAGGACCCGGUCAGCUUUGGCUGCGAGCACUACUUCUGCAGAAAGUGCAUUACCGAGCACUGGAGCAGACAGGAGCCUCACGGAACACGAGACUGCCCAGAGUGCCGGAGGACCUUCACCGAUCCUCUCCUCUCCCCGAGUCUCAAGUUGUCCAACAUUGUGGAGCGCUACUCGGCCUUCCCGCUGGACGCCAUCCUUAACGCUCAGAGGAGCUCCUAUCCCUGCAAGGACCACGAGAAGGUCAAGCUCUUCUGCCUCACUGAUAAAAGUCUGGUGUGCUUCUUCUGCGACGAGCCAGCACUACACGAGCAGCACCAAGUGACCACUAUUGACGAGGCUUACGAGGAGAUACAGAGGGAGAUGAAGGAGCAGCUGGCCACCCUGCAGGACAGUGAGAAGGGACACACCGAGGCCCUGCAGCUCCUGCAGAGACAACUCACUGAGACCAAGUCCUCGGCCAAAAGUCUGCGCGCAACCAUCGGAGAUGCAUUCGAGCGCCUUCACCGUUUCCUGCGCGAGCGUCAGAAGAGCAUGCUGGAAGAGUUAGAGAUGGAUACGGCCCGCAAGCUCGCCGACAUCGAGCACAAGAUCCAGCGCUACAGUCAGCAGCUGCGCGACGUCAAGGAGGGCAUCCAGAUCCUGCAGGAGCGCCUCAAUGAGACAGGACGACACGACUUCCUGGAGGGAGUAGCCGUCACGUCUGAGAGGAUUAAAGGGAAGAUACAUGAGACCAAUCUGACGUAUGAAGACUUCCCAACAUCCAAGUACAUGGGGCCCUUACAGUACACAAUAUGGAAGUCGCUCUUCCAGGAUAUUUCACCAGUGCCAGCAGCGUUGACCCUCGACCCCAUCACAGCCCACCAAAGACUGAUCCUUUCAGACGACUGUACCAUCGUGGCCUACGGGAAUCUCCAUCCGCAGCCGCUGCAGGACUCCCCGCGCCGCUUUGAUGUGGAGGUGUCUGUUCUGGGCGCAGAGGGCUUCGCCUCAGGUGUCCAUUACUGGGAAGUGAUGGUGUCGGAGAAGACCCAGUGGAUGAUCGGUGUGGCCAACGAGACAGUCAGUCGCAAGGGCAGCAUCCAGAUCCAGCCCAGUCGCGGCUUCUACUGCAUCGUCAUGCACGACGGGAACCAGUACAGUGCCUGCACCGAGCCCUGGACCCGUCUCAACGUCAAGAGCAAGCUGGAGAAGGUGGGGGUGUAUCUGGACUACCCGAAAGGCCUGCUCAUCUUCUACAACGCGGACGACAUGUCCUGGCUCUACACCUACCGAGAGAAAUUCCCCGCCAAGGUCUUCCCCUAUUUCAGCCCCGGCCAGAGCCAUGCUAACGGCAAGAACGUGCAGCCAUUGCGAAUCAACACUGUACGCCUUUAAGAGCUACACACAUCUGUGGUUUUGAUUGUCCUGACAGAUGAAUCCAUCGUAGGUGAAAUCUCAGGACUUAAGGAAAAAAUAAUUAAAGAAAUCUGUUAAAAAAAAAAUUAAAAAAAAAAUGUUUAAUAGGGUGUUUGAAAUGUUUAUUUCCUUCAGUUCGGUGUUAAGAAUUGUGCUUGAUGUUGCUCUAAAAACCUGUGCUGUUAUUUUCUGUGACUUGAAACCACCAUAAGAUAACGGCCUGCACUUGAGCCUCAUUCCACAUCUUUCAUUGAAAAGAUGACACUAAAUGGAGACAGCGGGACCCCUGGGCUCCCCUGGGGUCUGUGGCAGCGUGUUUGAAAAAAGAAAAAAAAAGUGAUUCCUGCGCUCAAAGUGACUGUCCCAGGCCCACCUUGCACACUCCCAGGGGACACCACUCCCAUUAUUAAGCUCCAGGCUUGUCAGACCUGACGUCCCCUCUCUGUCCAGGCAAGCAGGACACUGAAGACUGGUCACGUGUCUUCUCUGUGCUGUACAGUCGGCUUAGCUGUGUUUGUGGAAUGUGAUUGACAGCAGUCCGCUCUUUAUUUUGAACUUGUCGAGUCCGUUGGCACUUUUUACUUCUGUCUGAGACCAUGAACUUGGUUCCUCCUGUAAGACGUAUCCACAUCUGUCUGCUCAGUCUUCAUCAUAACAAGGAAAGCUCCUCGUCCAUGUGCACCAAUGAUUCUGCACGUUACCUAAGACAAAUUAAAUCAAUGAAAAAGUAGUUCAUAGGCUGCCCAUCCCCAUCCACUGCCCAGUCCUACCCAUGCGUGAUAGGAAGCUCUGUUUGGAGGUGGAGAUUGUCAAGAAAUAUGCUGCUAUUGACGGAGUAAGGACUUUCAUAUUUGUAUUUAGCGUAUUAAGGGUUAAAAGGUUUGAGUCUCUCAUCAUGCUGGCUCAUGUUUUGCCUCCUUUAGUUUUGCUAGCCUUCAGCAUACACUAUACAUGUGGGCUUUUUGUCCACUUUAAGUGGAUUGGAUUGGAUUCAAGCACAUUUCUGCUUCCUGUCAUGAUGUUUUAUCAUUUUGUCUUGGAAUCAAAAGAAUAUGAAGUCAUGCUGUCUAACUAGAUAUCCGCAUGAGGCAGAGACCUCUGGUUGUUCUCAGAUAUGAAAAUCUGAAAAGUUAAAGAUGAAAAUUGCUUUAAAAGAAAAAAGCUACAGAGACCAACUGUUCUCAUUUAUUUUAAAUCCUAUCUUUUAUGUAAAUGAAGUCAGUCUGUAUGUUUUUAGAAAGUGGCAAUUAUCAAGGAAAAUGGAGAAGGAUGGAUUGACUUGAGCACAACUUAUGUGAUCCUGGCAUCGCCUUGGCUGCUGCUGUGUUAUAUAAUGAUGAAAUCACUGAUAAUUCCUCUGAGGCUCAAGUCAUCUUUUAUUUCUUUGCCCCACGUGCCUCAAGUGCUCUUGUUUAUCAUUAGUUGCACACAAGUCCUGCAGAAUCUACUCCAAGAGGCUCUUGUCCCUCCGCCAAGUCCAGCACACUGAGAGAUGUGUGUGUCUGUGUUUGAGCAUGUUCACGGGUAUGUUUGAGUGGCGUGCUUCAGCUGUAAUUUUAAAUCCAGCUUUGGAUGUGCUUGAUAAAGCCCAUCUGGCCCUCAAAGCAAACCCAUGCAGUGGCCAAAAGUGUUUAUUAUGAAAUUCUUUGGAAUCCGAGAGAACUUGACGGAUCUUUCUUCGGGAAAUCUACAAAUGAACAAACAAAAGGAUCACCUCACCCUUCCUUUGCCACUGUACAUCCUCAUCCCUGCAUUAGUGUAUGUGUAGUCUGUGUUGUCCAUUUAGAAGAAAAUUGGGGCAGUGCCCUUGUUUUUGUAGGAUGUGAUUCCGGUAUGUGCAGUAUAAUGCAAACUAGGGUCAAAUUGUGAGCAUCUCCAAACUAGUCUUGGUUGUUUGUUUUAACUUGCACAGAUCUGCAGUGAUCCGAGUAAAACCAGGCACAGCUCAUUGUCUGUCAGUUUUCUGGGAUUUACUCAUUAAAUUUAUCCAGAUAACUUGGUGAGCUUGCUUUGUGAAAAAGAAUUUUAUUUAUUAAUGUGUGGUUUAGACAAUCGGGACUGUAUUCAGUUAUUUUUCACUUUUAUCCUCUUGAUCUGUCUAUCACUAUAUAAAAUGUCCUUCCAAAGUAAAUCCCAACCUGCUGGGCUCAUGCAGGUUAAAACAAAUGUUAAAAUUUGACCCCAGUUUGCUGUGUUGCAGACCUCAGCGCGGUCCGCCUCAUUAAGACUUUCUGUUUGAAUAGUAAGAAGGAGAUUAUCGUGAGGUGGUGUUGGGUUACUGGUGAUGCUGAUGAUGCUAAUGGUUAAAAUGAUUUUGAUGAUGAUGAUGAUGAUAUAACUAUGACACUUUUAAUGAUUGUGUCUUUUGAUGAUGGCCGCUGUGCACCCAUCACUGUAUGAACACACUCUAGUGUGCUUUUGCUGCUGGAGGUUUGUGGGAAAUGUUUUAAUGUACAAUAAAUUACUGAGAAAAUCA